UUUUUCUUUUUCUUUUUCUUUUUCGUGGAAGGGGGGGCAGCGGAGGGGAAGGGAAGAGAGAACCCGUAGACCGUGUACUGUUGCGGAUGAAUAGUAGCAACACGUUUUGUGUGGUAGAGGAAUGAAGUUGGCUGAGAGGAAGGAAGGAACAGGAAGGAUCAAGAGAAACACUUGUCGAAUCAAGUAGAUUACUGACCAUCGGUGCGGCCCCGACUUCUUUGCCCACAUUCGACAUGAUGUGAAUCAGAUAAAGCUGGUGGUAGAUCCUCUUACACUUCAAAACCCCUCAUGGGUGUAUCGUCUUGGAUGAUUAUUCUCUGUCUUAGCGAGCUUAACGAAACUGACACUGACAGAAUACACCACCUACUGUUCCUUGCUAAAAAGGCAACCGGCACUUAUCGGCCGAUCAAUCACCGGACGGCCAUGCUGCUAUGCUGCCACGAUGCCGAUCCCCGGACCCGUCGAUGCCAUGACGCCCGUGGACGGGAUACGAUGGUUGGAACACUGGAUGCGGUGCUAACGAUAAAUAGAGAAAGAUCUUCAGUGCUCAGACGUUCCAGAUUCUGCGCGGUCGAAACGAUGGUAGACGUGGUGGAUGGUGGUGAUGGUGGAUGAAAUGUGCUUGCUCAACUCGACAAUUCGUUCACAUGCUGUUUCCCCAUCUUUCCGUCUCUCGCUCGAUUCUUGAUCCAAAUAUCUUCAGUAUCAGCUAUCGAUGACGGUUUCAUUCGACAUCCUGCCAAGCAAAGAGAUUACGAUACACUACACUACAUAACAACCACUGUGAAAGGCUGGGAAUCUUGACUGUCUAACCGUCAACUCGACUCCUAGUGUACUGCGUACCUGGUGUGCAUGGAACUUGUGAGGAGA